CCAUCUCAAUCCAUCAGAACAACAUCAGUACACCAUCACUACACCAUCAGAAGAACAUCAGAAGACUACAUCAUGCUCAAGUUUAGAUUUCCAAAUUCUAAAAAAUCAAAUUCAAAUUCAAAUCAGUCUCAUCAAGAAUCUGAACCAACACCAACACCAACUGACCAAGAUACUUUAACCCAUCUCAUUCCAAUUCAAUCAACCACCACCACCACCACUACAAAUCAAACUAAUUCAUCAUCUUCACCAUCGACUUCUUACUCUGAACCUAAUCUAACCACAUUUCAUCAAUCUAAUCCUACUACUAGUACUAAUACAAAUCAUUCUUCUCCUUUAACUACUUCUAAUCUUCAAGAUACUUCAAUCCAUCAAUCACAAUCCAAUCCUCAAUCUAAUCCUAAUCCUACUCUCAUGUUUCCUAAAAAGACGCGUCGGAAAUCUUAUGGUGGUAUCAGAGCCAUGUUGGGUAUCAAUCAGAAAUCAGAAGAUGCUCCACCAUUACCAGUUCCAAUCCCAUCUUCAUCCGAUCCAUCUCAACCACACCCACCUCAACCCCAUCACCAACAUUCACAAGCUUCAAUGGAUGCAUCUACUUCACCUGCCAGUUCAUUAAUCAGUAUCCCUCCUUCUCCUGUGACAGCUGAAUCUAGACCGUCUACGUCUUCCUUAAGACCGUUUCCAUUCUUGGGUGGCAUCAGACGUAAAAGUGCAAAUUCGAAUGCUCCGAAACCUAACCCUCAUCAUCUUCCUUGGAACGCUUCAAAUCAUCCGACACCCAACUUACCUCAUCCGACCAUCAGUCCGACGACUUCGACGUCUAAUUUAAAAACUCCUACGAUCACUAGUACGGCUAGUUCACUUGGACAUCGAAUCUAUAGUCAUGGAUCAUCUAAGAAAGCACAAUCAGUCGAUGAUCUCUCUCAAUUCGGAUUACUACCUAAACCUAGAAUCAAACCUAGAAGAUCAGUUGAAGAACUGAACAGGAACCAUCCUAAUCUGAAAUCAACCGGUCCACCUAGAUCUUUAUCUUCUCAAAAGAAUCCUUCCGAUCUGAGUAAAGGUUUGGAUCAGAUUGGUGAAUUGGCAGGUUCGUUGGCUUCGAUCACUCAUGAGGAUCGACAGCCUAGGUUAUCGAAUCCCAAGGGAAUGAGAACUGUUUAUGGUGUUUCAUUGGAAGAUUUGUAUUGGAGAGACGGAGAUCAGUAUCCAUUACUAGUGAACAUCUUAGUCGAACUGAUUGAAGAGAAAGGUAUUGAUCAACAAGGGAUUUAUCGAGUUCCAGGUGAAAAGAGAGUGAUUGAAAAUUUACAAGCAUCAAUUGAUGAAAGAGGUGUCAUAGGUAUAGAUAUCUGGAAAGAUAGUUAUAAAGAUGUACAUAAUCUCUCAGGUUUGUUGAAAUUGUUUUUAAGGGAGAUUCCAGGUGGAGUGAUACCAUUUGAUCGAUAUGAUACUUUUUUGGCCGUUAGUGGGAUAGAAGAAUCUUUGAAGACUGAACAGUUACAUGCACAUGUUAAGGAAUUACCGAAACCAAAUCGGAUCUUGUUGCUAAGACUAGUACGACAUUUUGAAAAAGUAGUGGCCAAUGCUGAAACAAAUAGUAUGCUAGCUCAUAAUGUUGCCAUUGUUUUUGCGCCUAGUUUAUUUAGAAGUGGAUCAGAACAUUCGAAUCCAUUAUUAUCGAUGCAAAACAUUGGAAAAGCAUCAGCGAUUGUACGACAUUUAGUUUUGAAUGUGAAUGAGAUCUUUGAAAUUGAAGAAGGAGAAGAAGAAAUCGAAUUAGAAAGAUCAAAAGUCAGAAGAGCGAAAUUAGAAAAUUCAUCAAAAGAAGAAGUAUCUAUCAAUAAGAAGAAGAAGAAUGAGGUUCAUCAAACUAAUCAUCAUCAACCCAAUGAGUCGAAAAGUUGGAAUAUUAGAAAAGAAUCGAAUGAGAAAAAGAAGUCUAGGUCGUCUAAAUCGAUCCAACCUGUUUCUACAACCAAUCCAUCUUCGACAUCUUCUACUUCUAUACCUAAUUCAAAUCAUUCGACUGGUUCUAGUUCUACUUCUAAUUCUACAAAUACAGUGACUAAGCAUCAUAAGAAGAAAGGUAGACAAUCAAUUCAGAAUCAAGUCAUGACUACUAAUACUACUACACAUCAAAAGAAAUCAUGAAACCAAAAAGGAGAUCCGGAUGAAUUGGAAACUAACUACUAACACUCACACCACCACGAAAAAAAAAGUUGAUAUCUUUAUACUACUCUAUACUUUUUUAUUAUUAUUAUUAAAUCUAUAUAUUAAAUCUAUAUAUAUAUAUAUAUAUAUAUAUAUAUUGUUAUUCUAUAUUUAUUAUUAUUAUUUGGGUAUCUCUUUUUUUUCUCUUUGGAUCUAAGUUUUUUGUUUUUUCUUUGAACUUAUUUAAUAUAUAUUCAUUGAUGUUUUCUUUUUUGAUUGAUUGGAUGGAUGGAUGGAGAAGAUGAUGAUGAUGAUGAUGGAACAAAAAAGGAUGAUGGAAAAGAGAAGUUGUGGGUUACUUUUUUGGGGGUUUUGUAAUUAAAAAUGAACCAAAUGGAAAUUUGUUUUGGGUUUUGGGAAGUUG